AUGGAGAACGAGACACCUCAUCUUCCUCAAGAAAUUGUCGCAAAUAUUCUUGUACGACUUCCGGUAAAAUCCCUAAUCCGAUUUCAAUGUGUGUGCAAAUAUUGGAAAGAUCUGUUCAAAACCCCAUCUUUCAUAGCAGAACACCUUCACCAUUCUACUCAACAAAACCCUUUACUUGUUUUUGAUUGCUAUAGCUCUAAAUGUGGGAGUAAUAAUGAUAAGAAUAAUCCUUGGCACUUGAGCUCUCUCAAUCGUGAGAUGCAAGUCCUCGAAUUUCAGAACCCACCUAUCGUUGAUCCCUUAAUGAGAUUCUGGAGGAUUGUCCAUUCCAGUAAUGGCUUGUUUUGUCUCGAACUCAUCAUGGCUGAUGAAUCUGAUUCUUUUUGGUUAUGGAAUCCAGCUAUUAGAGAUGUCCGACAGGUGCCCAAAUCUCUUAACCAUUACGAGUGUGAAGAUUUCUCUGUAGGAUUUGGGUUCAGCCUAGUUGUUAAUGAUUACAAGAUUGUGAAACUUUUUAUCAUUAAUCUUUUGGUUUUUCAAGUGGAAGUAUAUGCAUUAACGACAGGGUUUUGGAGAAAAGUUAAAUUUAGGAAUUUAGAGGGCAUAUCUCUGAUGAGUGAUAGUGGUUUCACUUAUAAUGGAUCAAUCUUUUGGGUGGGCUUACAGGUAGGAAUUGAUCCUGGUUUGAUAGUUUCAUUUGAUGUAGCAAUGGAAGUGUUCACAUUGAUACCAUUUCCCACUAAGUCUCUUUUCCUUGAAUCAUAUGGCAUAACGUUUACUAUGUAUGAUAACAAACUUGCUUUGCUUUCUUCCACAUUCAUUGGAAUUCAUGAAUCAUCUUUCAUUGAUUUGUGGGUGAUUGAGGAGUCUACAAAUGAGUCAAGGGAGAGAUGGAUUUGGACUAAAAUAUAUACAAGCAGACCCUAUCCACGCGGGUUAUGUCCAAUGGUUAUUUGGAGAAAUGAAAUUUUUGUAGAUUCGAUUCAAUGCUUGGAAGGGAAUUUGAAGAAGUAG